AUGAUCCUGUACAAGGCAGACGAUGCCCUAAUGUGCAAAGUGUUCGCGAUGACCCUGAGAGGAGCAGCUCAAGACUGGUUCCACACUUUACCGUCCGCGUCGAUAGGAUACUUCAAGGAGUUAGCCCUCAUCUUCACAAAGGAGUACACCUCCUACAAGACGGUCAGAAAGCAUGCGGACCAUAUGUUCAACCUGCGCAAAAAGCCAGACGAGUCUCUACGAGACUACCUGAGACGGUUUAAGGCUGAGAAGGCUAACAUCAUAGGAUGUAAUGACCAAGUUGCAUCCUCAGCUUUCAAGAAGGGCUUGCUAACCGAGCAUGAGCUAUACCGGGAGCUAGCCAUAACUCCAAGUCAAACCUUGGUAGAAGUGUUUGCGAUAGCAGAGCCCUACGCACUUUGGGAUGAUGAUCGUAUCACCGCAAAGAAAGCCAGCAAGUAA